UCCGCGUUUGAAACUGUACCAUGUCCCUUUAAAAACGUCUGACAAAAAGCCCAUAUGAUCCCUGAGCUCCAAUCACCAAUUCCUUCUGCAAAAGCAGCCUCUGCAUUUUUUGUCUGUCUGAACGCUACAGCAGCACGGGGGAAAAAAAGAUUGAGGGAGAAGCCAAAAACUGAAGAAAUGUGACAAUUCAACGGUCAUUUUCAUGGCGAGGGGGAAACUGGAGCGAAAGGAGUUAUUCUGGAACUCCUUUGAGCCUCGAAAAGCUGGAUCAAAAUGCUCAUAGUGGAGAAGACCACAGACUUCCCCUCUGCUGAGUUCUCUCUGGUGGAGGAUGUGGCUCUGCACUUUACCUGUUUGAUGGACAGGCUGAAUGAGCAGCGACUCUUCCAGCCUGACCUGUGUGACGUUGACAUUGUUCUGGUGCGUCAGCACAGCACCUUCCCAGCCCAUAAGGGUGUGCUGGCAGCCUACAGCCCCUUCUUCCAUUCUCUUUUUGCCCAAAGCAAACAGCUGCGGCGUGUUGACCUGUCGCUGGAUGCCCUGACCUCUCAGGGGUUGCAGCAGAUCCUCAACUUCAUUUACACUUCCAAGCUGCUGGUGAGCAGCCGCACUGUUCGUGACGUGCUCAACGCUGCCACGUUACUCCAGAUGAGCGACAUUGCAGCCUCCUGUCGCGACCUCAUCAGCAGCCACUCUCUGAGAACCACCUGUACAAAUAUGGCCAAUCAGGAAGGGCUUGGCAGUGGUGACCCAGCUGCUGUAGCGAGGCCUCCCAGCCAGCUGUACCGGGAGAUCAAACAGGAGUCAGAGCUUGGCAGGGUGUACACAAGAGAAAGCAGUAGCCCGUUCUCUGUCAGAGUGGAGGAGAGGGGCAAGACAGCUUCUCUAACAAAGCAGUACUACCAAAAAGAGGAGAGCACAGGAGGCGGGGCCAUCACAGGUGUUGCUGCUUUGUGUAAAGUGGAGGACAAUGGGGAAGAGACAAAAUCAGCAGACAGCCACGCCUCCUUCAACAGAGACCAGAUCAUAGUUGAAGUCAACCUUAACAACCAAACCCUUAAUGUGUCAAAGGGAUCAGAGGGCAAACCUACCACUACUACAGACACAAUGUUUGGUCGUUGCCAUGAAAACCAGCAAGACUCAGACGACGACGAAGAAAAUGAAGGGGAAAACGACAACAGUGUUGGAGAAGAUCCUCAAGACUUAAAAAGGAGUGACGUUCUAGGGCAAAGCAGUGAGGAGGAAGAUGAGGAGGAGGAAGAUGAAGAGGAAGAAGAGGAGAACACCCUUAACAUUCCAGGCUUGGAGCAGCCUGCCAUGAUGGAUCGACCUCGCCGGGGCACCAGAGCCUUGGCCAUGGCGGGUACCACUGCUUCCAUGCGACAGACGCUUGCAGAGGCCACUCUGGCCAAUCAGCGGCAAGGCGGGAAGAGGACGCUGGAUGCAGAGGGUCUGGGCCAGAAGGUGCGGCUGGAGGAGAAGCAGCACUUCCCAUGUAAGAAGUGUCCUCGCAUCUUCAACAACCGCUGGUACCUGGAAAAACACAUGAACGUCACUCACAACCGCAUGCAGAUCUGCAACAACUGUGGGAAACGCUUCCUGCUGGAGAGCGAGCUGCUGCUGCACCAACAGACGGACUGUGAGAAGAGCAUCCAGUGUGUAACAUGUGGCAAGGCCUUCAAGAAGCUGUGGUCGUUACAUGAGCAUAACAAGAUCGUCCACGGGUACGCCGAGAAGAAGUUCUCCUGUGAGAUUUGCGAGAAGAAGUUUUACACCAUGGCUCAUGUCAGGAAGCACAUGGUUGCCCAUACCAAGGACAUGCCAUUCACCUGUGAGACGUGUGGGAAGUCUUUCAAGCGUAGCAUGUCCCUGAAGGUUCACUCUCUACAGCACUCAGGAGAGAAACCCUUCAAGUGUGAGAACUGCAGCGAGCGCUUCCAGUACAAAUACCAGCUUCGCUCCCACAUGAGCAUUCACAUCGGACACAAGCAGUUCAUGUGCCAAUGGUGUGGAAAGGACUUCAACAUGAAGCAGUACUUCGAUGAACACAUGAAGACUCACACAGGAGAGAAACCGUACAUCUGUGAGAUUUGUGGGAAGAGCUUCACGAGCCGGCCCAACAUGAAGCGCCACCGCCGCACCCACACUGGAGAAAAACCGUACCCCUGCGAAGUGUGUGGUCAGCGCUUCCGCUUUUCCAACAUGCUCAAGGCCCACCGGGAGAAAUGCUUCCGCGUCAGCAACCCCAUGGUAACCAACUGCAGUGACCCCCUUGGCCUCGACCAGCCCUUGGCCUCCUCUGCCACGGACACUUCUGGUCAGGUCCAGCUGGAAACGGCAACCCCCGCAACGUCCACAACCACGCCCGCUGCUGCCUCUAGCCCCCACCCCCUCCAUGGCACCCAGCUGUCAAUCCCCCUGCUGCAAUCCAUGGGGACGCUGCCUCCCGCAUUGCACUUACCCCCACCACCUCCCUUGUUCUCUGCUGGUAGGAUGAACUCCAACAACUAACAAAUCUCUGUAGCAUUGAAAGCACUUUAUUACUUUUGUUUCUUUGUUUUUCUUUAAGCUUUUAAGAAGACUCACUGUGGGAGAGUGAAGCACCUCAGUGACAUUUACACAAAGGCAGAAGAACUAAAAAAAAAAAAGGCCACAUGGAGGCCUCAAAACAAACACACAAAAAUCCACCACAACAUGAAAUAGUUAUUUUUUAAUCUGUUGAAUACAAUAAAUAACCUCAGAGUCCAAUAGGAUGCUCAUUUUCACCCUUCUAUGAAUCCACAACUGUGUCCUAGUUUUAUUUUGAGCUUUCUAGACCCCACAUGUCUCGCCAGAGUCUUGCACAACACGUAGAUUGUAGCAUUCUUUACAAAAUGUGAAGAAGAGAUUUUACUAAGUUGUCACUCAUACAAGGAUGAGGAUUGCAGUAAAAUAGAUUUAUUCUUUUGUUCUAUGCCAAGAUGUAGCGAGCGGUUAUGGUGUGUACCAGCAAUAACCAAAUGCUGAUUUGUCUUUAAACAUAAACAAGUAUACGGCAUUGCCAAUAGCCAAAUCCUGUUAGCUCAUCUGCUAUAGUUAGAUAAUGUAAUUCAGCAUUUAUAAUCAAUUCUGCACCUUACAUUUAACUCCAGCGAUAUUUAAAGUGUACUCUAUCUGUCUUCAUUUUUAUAACUGUGAUUGUGUGUAAUUUGUGGCAUGUUGCGUCAGUUUCUAAGGACUUUAGAGAAGUUGUGAUGCGUGGAGAUUCAGCCGUGCAAUGCAGUGUGGUGUUUGAUGAGUUGCAAAGCAAAGACUGGAGGUGAGAUUCCUCAGAUCAGCUGAUUAACACUUGAGCUUCCCCAAGUCAGGAGAAUUUGAUGACUCAUCUUUUGCUUACAUUAAGCAAGCUCACUCCUCUUCUGCAGAUCUGGCUAUGAAACAGUAUGUUUUUUUCUUUUGUUUGUUUGUUUUUCUGUGACUUGUUAGUAAAGCCUAAUGCAUUCCAGCCCACAAUAUAGUUGUAAGCUGAAAUCUGAUAUUACUGGUAAUGUUACAUACAGCUAACUAAACCUAACCUGUGUCAUUAGUUUGCAGAAUAUCAAGUUUAGACAUACGUUCACAAAACUGUGCUUACAUAGCUGAAUAGACUUAUUUUAUAGAGUUCAUCUAUGUAGGAUGUAACCCAUAUUGUGAAAUGAUAAAUCCUAUAUUAUAUUUCAAAGCCCUAAAUCUCUUUAAGAGCAUUGACCGCGCUUAUUUUUGGCACCAAUGAGCCUGUUAUUAAAAGAGCGCUUAACAGUUGUAUCACUUUUUGAAGAAUUUUAUUAUUUUUUUUGCCAUAUGUGUGAAAACUUUAUCUAACUGCUCAUUAAAGUUUGGACAUAAAGAACAAUACAGUAUAAAAUCCCUGAAAUCUGUACUCUACAAGAGUAUAUCUGGAGAAAAAGAAGAAAAACAGAAAGCUUUAAUCCGUAACACCCUCUUCUGGAAAUGUGCAUAUUUGCUUUGUGGCCAAAGGCUGGAUGAUAUUAACUGAUGCCUCUCAGAGAUCUGCUGAUCAAACUGGAAAUGGUCAAACUGGCUUUGUCCAAAGGAUAAACGUCCAUCUGCCAACAUCUCUAAACUUUUUCAGUUAUCUAGUUAUCUAGUUUGUUCUUUUUUUUUUUUUUUUACAAUUUAUCUAUUUGGACUGUUUCUGAGACGGCAGUCUAUGCAGUUUCCAAGUCCUCCCACUCCUUGUUCCUGUUCUUAAGCUCCUCUGGGGGGCAAACUGAAGUGUUACCAGAUAAGCUUAGAAACAAAAACUUCACCGGUGAGACUAGAGCAAUUCACCUGUUAGGUUACCAGGAGGCAUCCAACUGAUUCUUUUCAGGGUGGAGGAGCUCUGAGACUCUUCAAAGGAUGCAAAAUUUUUUUUCUUGCUUUAUCUGAAAUCGUAGAGCAUGUGACCAUACGAUGGCCUAGCUCCCAGUUUGCAUAACCAUUUUCCAACUGCAUGUCUGACAGUAAUAGACUUUUCCUCUGUAGAUAGUGGCUGAUGCACAGAUGCAGUUUUACUCUGUGUUUGCAUACAGUCAGCUAAAACCCCUUCAGUAAAUGAUGAUUAUCUGUUGUGGAAAACAAUAUGCAUAAAAGUUGUGAUCCAAUAAAACAAUAAAAGUUCAGUUAACCCCAAACAUGCACUGGAAAAGUUACAUGUGACAGAGUGGAGCCGGUCCACCUGCCAGUUGUCCCUCCAACUUUUUCCCAACUCGAAGUGGGCAGCCCAUCCUUUUCUGGCCCCAUACUUGGAUGUCCUGAUUCUUUUCCCAGAAUCUACACCCCUCUGCAACUUGGCUGCAAGAAGUUAAGUCUCAAAUCUUUAAUCCUCUUGGCAAAGGGACUUUUUGGGGCCUCAGUCAAAUAGUUUUUUUGUUAUUUAAGGUGAUGUUAAAUGGUGCUUGGCCAGCUGUUUCCAGUCAUUACAUUAAGUUGAGCUAAGCUAAAGUAAAUAAAGCUAACCAGCUGCUGUUAGGAGCUUUACAGAUCUGAGUGGCACCGGUCAUCUGAUUCAGCUUGAAGCAUGAAGCCUCUUUCACAUUGCGAUCAGUUUCAUAUUCUGUAGUCUCCGUGUACUACAGCUGCGCUCCCACUCACUUAAUCUAUAGAUGGUGUACCUGUAGUGUAGCACUAUUAUGUAUAUACUGUUCAGAUGUAAAUUUCCUGACCUUUUUUUUUUUCAUGUUUACAUGGUGAGUUGGGUGAAUGUGUCCCCCACAUGUGUCUUGACUGGUACUAUAGAAAGUUGAAGAUUGUGAUUGCUUUUGUAAUUUUCUUUCUUUCUUUUUUUUUUUAAAAGCCAAUUUAAGCACCUUUAUGUAGUCUUAUAUCUACCCCCGAUACAUGUAUUUCUUAAACUGCCAUGGCUAAACAGUAAGGGCCUCAGCAGACAUUAUUUAAUAAUGGUACAGGUUAUUUUUCUUCAAAUGUGUCAAACACGUUUUGUAUUUUGAUUUGCUGCUUUUGUACAGGGUCCAGUCUGAGACUGGCCCUUUAAAUUCAGUCUAGAGUUGUUAGAUUGCAAUGUAACUGAAGUAUAUUCUGGCUGUGAUUUAAUCCAGUUUAGCCUUUAGUGGACAGUGAGCCCCAGGGUCAGAAAUAAGCUAAGAUUUAAACCAUUGUAGUUGUUGGAAGAGGUAACAGCCCACAUGUUAAAAGUCUAUUAACUAAUCUGAAGAUGACGUGGAGUUAAACAGGUUUGUUUUUCUCUGUUAAAUGUGCUAAGGCUAAUAAGGACCGUGAAAAUAUGCCUUUAUUCAUAGAUAGUUUGUAGCACUGUCAACAAUGCAACAAGGAUUGCAUAAUUAAAAUAUAUAUAUAUAUAUAUAUAUAUAUAUAAAAGGUUUAACCUGGUUAUUUUGAAAGCACUAUUGCUCUCUUGUGGUAAUCAAGUAAACUGCAAUCCUUCACUAAAUUAAGAUUGCCUACCUUAAAAGCACAUCAUCGCUCAUCAUGUGGCUCUAGCUUUCAUCAGAAAUGCUCAUCAUAAUUUUUUUUCUUUUAAAAAACAAAGAAUUUUAUUACCAAGUUGUUGGUUUUUUUUUUGUUUGUUUGUUUCUUUUGUUUUUUGUUUUUUUUGUUGUUGUUGUUUUUAUUUUGUUUGUUUUUUUACCUGUCCCAGCAGACGAUACUGAUAUACUGUGGUUUUAGUAGUGUGUUUGCCUUAUGACUGGAGGGAUUUAAAUGUUUUUGUGUUAUGGGUAUUGAUAGUAGCUGAUGGUAAAGGAGGAGAAAUAGUAGUAAAUACUACUGAUUUAUGCACUUUGAUUUUAUUUGCAACACUCACCAAUAAAGGGGACAUGCAUGCAGAUACGAGGUGGAUUAAGUUAUGAGAGAUAUGUAAUGAUUAAAAAUGUUUCCAGAUUUAUGGAAAAAUAUUUUUGCUUUCUGGUGUAUUGGGAAGAUACAGAAACUGAAAUGAUUAACAAAAGCUAGAAACUGUCUAUUAUUUGUUCAAAUAAUAUCAGAAAAUGUGCUUAGUAAGUUAUGGGAAUGACAAAAUGAUCUGCUUGUUGUUAAGUGUGACAUUCUGCACACUGUGGAUUACAAAACUAUGUCAAUUAGACUGUGUCUGGUCAUUCGGAUUGACACUGUCCUACAUAUAUGUGUUGUCUGUCAUGCCAUUAGAAUAUAAAAAAGAAUGUUGGCUGCCAAAUUAAAUUGAGAAAU